AGAAAAAUAUAUAUUUCUUUGUUUCAAAGAACAAUUGGUACAACUGUUGGUUGGGUAGUUAAUUCUAAACGAUUUCGUUCCGUUUUCGUUGGAACAAAUUUUCAGAACUCUCUAGCGGAAGAAGGUAUUAUUGGUGGAUAUUUCCGAUUUAUCCUUUAGUUACAUUAUGGAAAACAAAGACAGUUCUACUGCUAUCUCAUCCCUACUGUCUCAAUAUGGUGAUGCAUCAGAUGAAGAAAUUAUUAAUGAAGCACCCGGUUCUGCUGUUGACAACAUAUCAGAUGAGGAAUCUGAAAACAAAAGGGAAGGAAACCAACUCACAAAAACAGAACCAAUGAUAACUGAUGAAAAUUCACCAAGUAGUCUUAAAAUAAUGGAUUAUUCUGAUACUCCUACCAAACCAAAAUUAGUUAAGAAAGCUACUAAAUUAGUGUCAUAUGGACCUGAUGACCAUGAGGAAGAUAAAAGUUCAUCUGAAGAAGAAGUAGAAGAAGAGGAGGAGGACGAAUUUGAAAUAAAGGCACUAGAUAGAUCUAAGGGAGGUAGUUGUUUAGAAACAGAAGUUGCAUCAUCUUUGUCAAGAAGUGUUUUGUACAUGCCAGCUGAAGAUAUUAAGCUACCACCAGAACCUCCUGGGAAAUGCACUAAAACUCUACAGGAUAAGAUAUCAAGUCUGUAUGAAAAAAUGAGAAGAGAUGGGUUGAAUCUCAAUGCUACAAUACAGAGAAGAAAAGAUUUUAGAAAUCCUAGUAUAUAUGAAAAAUUAAUAGAUUUUUGUGGAAUAGAUUCACAUGGUUCUAAUUUCCCUGCUGAAAUAUAUAAUCCUUAUUUGUGGUCAAAAGAAUCUUAUUAUGAUGAGUUAGAUAAAGUGCAGAAAAAGGAAAUGGAAAAAAGAGAAAAAGAUAGAAAAGACAAAACUAAGGUUUCUUCAAAGGUGGAAUUUGUUACAGGAACAAAAAAAACAUCAGGUUCAGUUGAUUCUUCAGAUGAUAAGAAACGAAAAACCAAGUGGGAUACUGCACCAUCAGCAUCAUCAACAUUAACUAGUUCAGUGACAGGCACAAAAUCGACAGUUAUACCCGCUGUGGGCAAUAUAUCAAAGAAAUCGAAAUAACACAGUACUAUAUCAUUAGUUUUAUAAAUCUAAACAGUGGUUACAUCUUACAGUGUCUUUAAACUAUAAACAAAGAGCAUUAUCCGGCCAGUGUAUUCCAUUCAAGAAUGUAGUGUGUUAUAAGACUGUUGUCUUAAUGGUUUCACUGAUAAACAAAUUCUAUUGUUGAAAUGAAAAUAACUGUGAUCAUUCAUAUAGAAGUCUAUAGAAUAUAAACUGGAUGAGAAAAUGAAGAUGAUUUUGAAGUCAUAUUCAUGGAAUGUUUUAGAGAUAUUACUAUCUGGAUUGAGAAUAUAUGUAAAUCUAGUUCAAAACAAUUAACACAGUUAUAAGAUUAUUCUGAUCUCAAAAACUUACUGACUUGAUGAUCAAUAAAAAAAAACUAGUAUGGAUUGACAACCCUAUCACAACAGGAAUUCAAAAGUGUGUGUAGUUUGAAUUAGUAAAAUUCUAUCAUUUGUAUAUAUUCUUGUACAUUACAUGUAAUAUCAUUAUCAACCAAAUAAAAACUAAUUUGUAUUAAAAAAAAAGAAUAAUGUUAAGUCAAA